GCCGGGCCUGAGAGGGCAGGCGGUUGUCUGUCUGUCUGUCUGGGUCUCUCCGUCUGUCUGGGCCUGUGCGUGUCUCUGGCCGCGUCCCGCGCCGGCCCGGCCCUCCUCUCCUCUCCUCUCCCCUCCCCCUCCCGCCCGCCGCCAUGCCGCUCUUCGCCUCCAACCCCUUCGAUCAGGAUGUGGAGAAGGCAACCAGUGAGAUGAAUACUGCAGAAGACUGGGGUCUCAUCUUAGAUAUCUGUGACAAAGUCGGUCAGUCUCGUACGGGACCCAAGGACUGUCUCCGAUCUAUCAUGAAGCGAGUUAACCACAAGGACCCUCAUGUGGCUAUGCAAGCCCUGACACUUCUAGGAGCCUGCGUUUCCAACUGUGGGAAGAUCUUUCAUUUAGAAGUGUGUUCGAGAGAUUUCGCCAGUGAAGUAAGCAACGUAUUGAAUAAGGGUCAUCCAAAAGUUUGCGAGAAACUAAAGGCUCUAAUGGUGGAGUGGACAGAUGAAUUCAAAAAUGAUCCGCAACUCAGCCUAAUAUCUGCCAUGAUCAAAAACCUUAAGGAACAAGGUGUCACGUUUCCUGCUAUCGGUUCACAGGCUGCAGAGCAGGCAAAAGCAAGCCCAGCUCUCGUGGCCAAGGACCCUGGAACAGUGGCCACUAAAAAGGAAGAGGAAGAUCUCGCCAAAGCUAUUGAACUGUCUCUGAAAGAACAAAGGCAACAGUCCACCACCGUUUCCAGUCUGUACCCAAGCACUUCAAGCCUCUUAACUAAUCACCACCCCGAGGGUCGGAAAGUUCGGGCCAUCUAUGAUUUUGAAGCCGCCGAGGAUAACGAGCUAACAUUUAAAGCUGGAGAAAUCAUCACGGUCCUUGAUGACAGUGAUCCUAAUUGGUGGAAAGGUGAAACUCUUCAAGGCAUGGGAUUGUUUCCCUCUAAUUUUGUAACAGCAGACCUGAGUGCUGAGCCAGAAAUGAUGAAAACAGAGAAGAAAACGGUACAAUUCAGCGAUGACAUUCAGGUAGAAACAAUCGAACCUGAACCAGAGCCAGCAUAUAUUGAUGAGGACAAAAUGGACCAGCUGCUCCAGAUGCUUCAAAGUGCAGAUCCAAGCGAUGAUCAGCCAGAUAUACCCGACUUGCUCCACCUUGAAGCAAUCUGUCACCAAAUGGGACCUCUGAUUGACGAAAAGCUGGAAGAUAUUGAUCGAAAACAUUCAGAACUCUCCGAACUCAAUGUCAAAGUGAUGGAGGCUCUCUCUCUGUACACUAAGUUAAUGAAUGAAGACCCGAUGUAUUCUAUGUACGCAAAACUGCAGAGCCAGGGAUAUUAUAUGCAGUCUCCCGGGGUUUCUGGGUCUCAGGUCUAUCCCGGCCAGGCCCCAAGCGGCAUCUAUCUGGUGACGGGCAGUGCCCAGAUGGGAUCGGUCCAAAGCUACAGCGUCCCCCCUGACCAGCUGUCUUCUCUGAGCCACGCAGCAGCCCCGCCCCCCGCCAGCUCAGCCCUGCCCGCUCAACAGGCCCAGGCCUCUUACACCAACCCGGUGGUCGGUUCUGUUCCAGGAAACACGUACCCCAACCAGACGGCCAUCUACAGCCCCCCGGCCGACGUCACCGCGUAUCAGAAUGCCGGAACUAGUAUGUCUCAAGGGCCCAACUACAGCCUAGCCUCCUCCACCCCGUCUCAGCCGGCAAGUAGCCAAGCCCCACCUCAGCCACCACAGACUUAUCCCCAGAAGGCACUGCUAUAGGACCCCGGACUAACGCGUCGUACUCCCGGCCAACCUCUGCUUAAUCGCAGCCGAAAACUUCCCACGUUUCUUCCUUUAAUAUCGUUAAGAUUUGUUUAUCAUCAGCUUACUAGGCGUCUCUCUUGGUGAACAAGUUCAAUGAUUCAAGAAGGUAGAACAGUUCAGUCUUCACUGACCUUUUAGGGGGUUUUCAUUGAUUUUUAUUUUUAUUCUUUUUUGGCCGCAGAGGAAUGAAAAUGCCUAGGAUCUUCGAUUCCUUUCAGACCGCCUGAAAAAUGGUACAAGGUUAUUUAUGUCUGGUGAAAUUGGGUAGUCUGUGCAAACUAAAACUGUCGUUUCAUCCACGUCUGUACAUAUAUUGCUGUUCUGACUUCAUUUGUGGCCAUUUUGAAUCGCUGUGGUGAUCAUGUGAAUAUAUUUAACAAUGUUAAAUUAAUUUACAUUACUGUUUUAUUUUUAAACCCAGACCGGCUCCCACGUUUCAUGGUUUUAGGAUGAACAAGGAUCCUCUUAUAGAGUGCAGAAAUGCCAAGCAGGCCCAUUUUAUCCUUGCGGGCUCCGUUGUCCACCUGGACGUCGGACGUUAUCGAUUGCGAAUGUCAUGGCUUCCUUCAGCCUCAAGUUACUAUCGGUUUGAAUCAGAUCAAGCGUUAGAGAUUGAGGACCACGAGAGGAAUUAGGAUUUUAUGCAGUAAUGCAGGGCUUGUGUCCUCAUGAACCUUCCAUUGAGGAAGACCUGGGCUUGGUAAUUUUACCUUGAUCAGAGCCCCAGAGACGUUAUACGACGGUUUCUCGUGACAUCACGUUGUGUUCUAUCCCAACUCGCCGUCAGUUCCCUAAAUCUCCCGUCGCAUUCUGUCCAAAACCCGGCGCCAAGACGCUCGUUCUAGGAAAGUUGACCGUACCUUACAUCUUUGUGUCCAGAGCAUAUGUUGAUUUAUUUUUUCAUAGUGACUGUUGAAGAUUUUGAACUGUGUUCUGUUCAGUGAUUGGGGUGACACCAAAGAUGGGGUGAUGAGUGGAAUGUUGAAACUGGAAAAACGUGAAUUACACUACAUUAUCAAAGUCUCUUGUAAUUAUUUAGGAUAUAAAGGACUGCGAAGGGAAUCCAACUCACCUGUCGCGAUCCCUUGCAGGAUUUACAGCCCACGUCUCUAACGGUGAAUUCGUCCAUCCUUCAUUAGAACGUAGAUAAGUAGAAGUUUCAAAGUAGGCCUUCGACUGAAUUCCAUAACUCCUUUUCCCAAUCAUCUUUAUUUUUUUCGUCGUUCCGUUAAGCCUCGUCACCUGGUGUCUUACUGUUGUGAAUAAUUUUCUUCAAUAAACUUGAGAAAUUGCCUGA